AUGGCCGUUAUUCAUCAAAAGAAGCUCUUGCUCUCUUGUAUGAUUGUUGUCACUGUCAUCGUGGUCUACCUAAGUUUGAAACUAAACGGUGGUGGUAAGCUGAUCAGGAUUCAGUGCAGCAAAGAUUAUUAUAAUCAUAUCUCGUGUCUGCUGUCUGGUAAAGGGACUGAAGAAACGAGAACCUUAAACUCAAUAGCAACAACUUUAGCAAUCCGAAACGGAAAACCUGUGAUGGUGACUGACACUAACAAAUCAACAAAGAAACCACCACCACCAGCUAAACCAACAGAACCAGACUUCAUUGGAGACAACUAUGUCAUUGAUUAUGUUCCACCUCAAACGAUUUGUCCCAAUAGCAUCCGGAACAAGGUGAACCAGACUGACCUUGCUAAGACAUUUUUAUGGAAUGUUCCAGUCUUGCAGUGGGCAAAGCAUUUCUCGCUGCAAGAGUAUAAGCGAUUAAGCCAUUUUCCUGGUGCCCACGGAUGGGGCGGCGUUAGCAUAGACGUUCUGAACAGUUCGCUGUCUAUAUUAAACACGUCGGCUAACCGACUCAUGUUUGAGGACUGGAAAGAGAAGAACAUGGGAUCAGGCUGUAUCCACUGUGCCGUGGUAGGAAAUGGAGGCAUUCUGAAUGGGUCGAAGAAAGGACAGGAAAUUGAUGAGCACGACUACGUCUUCAGGACAAACGGUGCAGUCAUUGAAGGAUUUGAGAAAGAUGUUGGAAAGCGUACCUCCUUUUACCUCUUCUCAUUCAACACGUUCAUGAACUCAAGACGAAGUUACAGAGAUGUAGGGUACAAGGGCGCACCACAGAGCAAGGAGACCAAGUUUGUUUUUCUGCCAGACCAUGCCAAAGACUAUGAAAUUAUGAUGGCUGAAGCCACACACUUGGGUGAGAAGCCAACCAAUUAUUUUGGUAAUAAUGUGACUGUAAAGAAGUUUAAAAUGCUUCAUCCUGACUUCAUCCGUUACGUCCGAAACAGGUUUCUACAUUCAAAUAUUCUUAAAACCAAGCAUAAAAACAUCUACAGGCCAUCUACAGGAGGAACCAUGCUAAUGGCUGCUCUUCAUACAUGUGACCAGGUGAGUGCCUACGGGUUUAUGACGCCAGACUUCUACAAAUACUCGGACCAUUACUUCGACAAAAAACACCACAAAGUUGGUUUCUAUGCCAACCAUGACCUAAAGCUGGAGUUGAAGCUGUGGCAGGAGCUGCACAAGGCAAAACUUUUAAAACUUUACAUGCGGUGAUGAACAUGCGCUGAGCUAGCUUGGACGCUAACAAAAAAAUGUGAAUUGUCUUCUGCCCACAAUCACUGCCACUGAUGUGGGUAUGGCUUUUGGACAUGGGUUGCGGUGUUUUAAAGCCUGGUGAAGGUAAAUAUGUAGUGAAAGGUGAAGUUAAGGGGCUUUUCUUAUUAUUGACUGUUUUAAAAGGGGGAAAUGAAAACCCUUGCAAACCCGCUCAGGAAAUAAAAGUGGGCUAUAGGUACAGUCCAGUAAAGUUGAACCAGCUCUGUGUACUACAUUUAUGUACAGGACUGCAGAAGAACGCUGUUUUAGAUACAGAGUUGUCUUCACAACUUUUUUGGAAGAAAUGGUUUACAUGGUCUGGAUGAAUUGGAAUGCUGACUGCCAGUCAAGCCUCAUCACUUGAGAUCAGGACCUGGCCUCACUAACACUUUUGACUGCUCGGAUUCAGUUCUACAGACGUUUACCAGAUGAGUGGUGUCUGUUGUAGCAGAAAGCUAGGCAGCGUUGUAUCAAUGCCCAUGGUGUUGAAUGGGAUGCACGUAUUUAUUUGAUAAUCAGGUGUCCACAAUCUGUUGGCUGUGCAGUGUAAAGAGUCCUGCCCGCUGUUCUAUUAUAUCUUGCAGACAAUUAAUGACACUACAGACAAUGUAAUUUAAAAGAAAUUGUACAGCCAAUGUGUGGCCUUAAACAUUAAGUGCUAAUCGUGUUGAGUGAGUGAGUAAAUAAGAGAUUAGGUACACAAUGAAGGAAACACUGUGCAAUAUUCUGUUGUUAUAUGAUUGCAUAUUUUUUGCACUAAUUGAAUCAACCGAUGUGUAAUUAAUUAUGUUAAUGAAACAUUCAACUCUUCUGUGCCAUCUGUGGUGAAUAUAAUUUAGAGUGACAGGUAUGAAGUAUAAUGGUUUAUAUGAAUUACAAUGGACACAGACACACACACACACACACAUGUGCAAAUAAAAAGAACAGGGUAGCAGUUAUGUAGAACAGUAAGAUGCACAUCAAGUAUUGAGGCUUGUUGAUAUGAAACUUUGUGGUCUGUUUUGUAUUGUAAUAGUACGCUAUACAAUCUGUUAACUGGCAAAAUGUGCAUAUCUAAUUGAAAAAUAUGCAGAUUUCUACACUGAAUUCAAUUCACUUGUAGCUGGAUUGGGUAAUAUGAAAAGUGCAACAGGAAGUGCUUUUGUUGGUUGCAUAUGCAAAGUUGUGGGCCAGAGUUUUUGCCCAGUUUCUCUGACCACUUUUAUUCAGACUGGAAGUUGAAAUUCCUAUUUAAUAAAUGGGCCUUUAUUGUUAAGAUAAACUAGAGUUCAAUCAUGCAUCAAUAAAUUCUGGGUUUUUAAUUGCUGCUAAUUUUGACACUAAUAUGUUGCCACUUCGUGUUGCCAUAAUUGUUGCUUUUUUUCCCCCAAAAGUAAGUGCCUAUGGGUUUAUGAUGCCGGACUGCUUCAAAUACUCUGACCUGUUUUCUAUGCCUUAAUUGUUUUCAAAUAAAAAGUACACAAGUGUUUCUUACAUUUA